AUGGGUAAGAGAGGUAACCACCAUGCCGAUGACCCGGCGGCAUUUCGAAAACGCCAAAAGGUGACGCACGAGGUCCCAGCCGGCGAGGAUGUUCUCUCGUCUGACCAGCUCAGAAAGCUCUUGACGUUCGACCAAGACCUGCAUCGCGCAAGACAUGGCCUGAGCUCAUUCAAGCGUCUCCUCGAUGACAUUGUCGCCAACCAAGACGACCGCAAUGCGAAAAUCAACCUCCUACAAGAGUAUCUCGAAGCCGUCAAGCCAAGGCAAAUAUCUGAGGAUGCAGUACAUCUCAGCGAUAUCAUGGAGAUGUGGUCUUUUGCAGUUCAAGUCAACAAUGAUGGGGUAAUGUCUUCGGCGGUUGUGGUUCUUGCGCUCCUCCUGCACGUAAUCUCUGACUCGCUUCGCCUGGUCCCGUAUGGCCUCGACAUCUGUCGCACUCUUCUUCAAGAACGACAAUUAAAGUCUUUGUCAAAGAAUCUUUCAUCAGAGAAGGGGAAGGGUUUCGUUCUUUCUCCUACCCUUCGGCUCUUGAAAGAGAUCGUCAGCCUCGAUGGUGGAGCUUUCGCUAAGCAAGUUUUCCGAGCUCGUAGCUAUACUUUUGCCUAUCUCGGUCGCAACCUGGAAGUUGGCAACACCGGUGAAGGUCCUGAAGAUGCCAAGAAAGCCUCUGUGCGGACCAAUGCCGUUAAAUUCUUUCUGGCUUGUCUGAAAUUCUUGCAUUCAGACGGGCGCAAGGAACUAUUGACGCAGAAGGAGUUGUUCUCUCAUCUGACGUUCAUGAUCAAGACUGAUGCGCCAUGGCUUGUCUUGGAAAUUCUCGACGCCUUGAAAACUUGUGUUUUGAUGGACGAUAAGAUUCCCCGCGAUGUCAAGUUCAAGAGCUUCAACACCAAGACUCUCACCAGGGUUCUCGGUCUCUAUACCUACGGAACUAGCGCCAAUACAGACGAAGAGAAGGCGUCGGUGGCCGACAAAGCACACGAGUUUCUUCUGUAUGUGUGCACAACUCCUGAAGCUGGUAUCUUGUACUCCUCUACGGGACUCUACCCCAAGCCAGAGUCGGAUGAGCUCGUUGGAGGUCGAAGGAGAGGCAAAUUCGCUGGCGUCGAAAGCGGCCUGGCGGACCAUAGUUUCAGCAAGGGGAUUCCUGUCUUCAACUUUGUUCUCUCUGAAUUCGCUCAGAAACUCCGUCCCUGGUCCAGCCUGAAGCAUAGCGAGCUCCUUGUUUCGAUGUUUUCCGUAGCCCCGGAGCUCCUCGCAGACUAUUUCUUCACCAACCGUUCAUUUACAUUUGAACCAAAACUCACAAUGACCUGGAUUGGCUACGCAACCUUUCUCUUUUCCACAAUGCAACUUCCGUUACCAUCGUCGUUUGGAGACAGGUCCCAAUUCGCACAUACGCCACCACCUACCACCAUCCUUCUCGAUAACAUCAUUCCCCUCCCGAUUAAUCAAAAAGUCCUUGUUCGAUGCCUCUCACCCAAGUCAAACCUCACAUCAUUCUUUGCAACAAGACUAUUGGUCACUGCGCUGGAGAAGCUGGCUACGGCAAUCAAAAUGCACGAAACAGCGACCGAUUCUAAAGAUCGUGCUGUCUGGGAGGCAGCCUCACGACGUCUGAUCGAUGCUUUCUGUCAGAGAAUCCCAGACAUGAAGGAGAUUGUGAGAUCAUAUAAGACGAUACCGGUAGAGAACUAUCUCCAUCGGACUCUGGCCACUCGGUUGAUCCGGCUAUACUAUGAGGUGAUACCACGAGUAGCACUUGCUGCCAACUUUGACGUGUCUCCAUUCUUUGUGGAUGUUCUUCGAAGUCUUGACGACGAGGCAAGUGAUGCCGAGGCCAGAUCGUUUGGUGUCAUGCAGUUGGAGAAUCUCGUUUCCAUUGCCAGCUUUUCUCCCGGUAUGCGAUGGUUCUCGAAAAUUGACAAUAUUUCAAACGGUGCAUCUUCAUUACCUUUCACAGCCCUUCUGCGACUGUUAUGUGUCGACAGCGAGGAUUCUCCAUCCCGACAGAUUAACAAGGUCCUGACUACCGUUGCUGUUGAGAACCAGCUUGUUCUAUCCACCACUGGCAUCGCAUCGCUUCUCCAGGCCCUACGCGCCUACAAGUCAAAAGACUCGAAGGGUAUGGUUUCUGUGUGGAGCUACUUGGACAACUGUAUAAAUCGCUGCGCAUCCUCGCCCAUCAAAUACCUCGAAAUGUUACAAUUAUUGGUUGAGGAAACGAAAAUAUCGGACGAUGACCCGCGCUGCCCUCUGCUCAUGGUGACCUUGGUAGAGCAAUUGCAGUACCUCUCAUCCUCCGUCGACGACUCGGGCACAAAGGCUGUCGCCAAGUUUUUAUCCCUCUACUUCAAUGCAGAAAGCCUCGGUACGAAGAUCUCCGCUUUGGUCGAUGAUCAAUACGGAAAGGUGAAGGAGUAUUUUUCCUCCAAGAGCGUGACUCUCAAAAAGCUCGGUUCUUCCAGCGAUAUCACCGCACUCCAGGCAUUCGAACCGGAGACCGCUGAAGAAGAUUCAAUCCCGCUCAGUAAAGAGAAGGACGAGGCAACCGUCGAUGCUGGUAGUUUGAAAGAGAGGCUACACGUCGUAAUAGACGAGGACCCAGAUACAAACGUCAUCACCAGGUGGGCUACCAAAGAAGUAGAAGACUUGAUCGAAGACAGCGUUGCCGCGCGCCUCGUCCGCCUCCUAGCAUCGCCACACGUCAAUAUCCGCAAAGAAGCAUCGACAAACAUCCUCAAGAUGGCUUCCAAGAUCAAAGAAUCAUCGUACGAGGAAAAGGAUCAAGUGUGGCUCCUCCUCUGCGAGGUGGCGGAAUCUUCCAAGCCUCACAUCGACGCCGGACCCGCGCCAUCAGCGUUUGUUGCCUUCGCCACGCACUCGCUCGACGUCCUCCAAAACCCUCUCCACCCUCUAUAUCCCAAGGUCAACACGUUCCUCACCCGCGGACCCGUCUGGUCAGCGGAGAAGCUGCCCCUCGCCCACGACAUCCUCCACGGCGAGCCGUCAGAGGACGACAGGUACUACACCGAGGUCACGUGGCUCCUGGCGUACCUGCUGGACGCCCUCGUCACACCCUUCGACCUGUCAGUCUUCCACAAGAAGCGAUGGUUCGAGAAGAUCCUGUCUCUCGGGAGCAACCCUUACCUACGUGUCAACCUGAGGACGAGGAUCCUCCGCAUCAUCUACCGCGCGACUUGCAUUGAAUCCGGCAGCACGACUCUCGUAACUAGAUUCGGCAUAAUCAGCUGGCUGGAUAGCCAGCGGGCCCUCUGUGAGUCGAGCGAGGAAGCCUCCGUGAUUAGAGCCUUGAUGAGGAGGAUAUGGGAUACGUGCGACCAAAAGAAAGUCGAGGCAUGGAGCAGAGGCGGAGUUCAAAAACUAAUUGAGAAUGUAUGCAAGAUUUAG